AUGACUUCCAAGCAGACGCUCGUCGUCGCGAUCGCCGUGGCCGCCCUCACCAUCGCCUUCCUUCCGGGGCUCGCCGUCGCCAUGGAACACGUGGUCGGCGACGACAAGGGCUGGGCCCUCGAUUUCAACUACACGGCCUGGGCUGAGGCCAAUCAGUUUGUGAUCGGCGACACGCUAGUGUUCGAGUACGGGAUCGCCGGCCACGACGUGGUGGAGGUGGGCGGGCCGGAUUUCCUCGCUUGCAACCAGCCGGAGAACGCCGUCGUCUGGUCCUCCGGUGAGGACCGGGUCGCGCUCCACAAGGCCGGACCGCGGUGGUUCUUCUGCGGCACGGACCAGCACUGCGAGAGGGGGAUGAAGCUCAAGAUCACCGUCCUCGAGACCGCCCCACCGGCUCCCCAACCCAAGCCCCCGUUGGUUGCUCCACCGCCGUCCAGCCCCGCAGGCAAGCUGGGGGCGUGCUUGCGGGAGGCAGCUGCCGUGGUCACCGCGCUCGCCGUGGCCAUGCUCGUGCUCUAG